AUGGCUCCAGAUGUAUUCAUCUCUUCAAAUAUUUUACCUGCUCGUAAAAAAAUUCAUGCUCAACUUCAUGUUCGUAAAAAUAAUAAUAACCAACUUUUAGUUCACAACAUUAAUAAUCCAUCAUCUAUUAUUAAUAAUUUAUCUAUUAUUAAUAAUCCAUCAACUAUUAUUAAUAAUCCAUCAUCUAUUAUUAAUAUUGAACAUUUUGAAGAAAUUUCAACUUGGAUUAAUCUUCAACCUGGAUUAAUAGAAAUAAUUAUCCAUAAAAGUCAAGUAAUUGGAUGUUCUUACAUUCAUGGUUAUUAUAGUCAUAACAGUCAUUAUUAUGAAAAACAGCUUAGUGUAGCAAAUAAUAGUAUUUUAAUUGACGAAUUUGAAGUAUUUCAAGUCAUAAGAAACUAA